ACUCCACCAGCUUUUAUAUUUUUACGAUUUCCAAAAGAGGAAAGGGGAUGAUGAUUCUGUUGAACAUUUGUUGCAUCGUGGCCUUUUUGAUCGUCAUUUGUGAGGCACAGUAUGACGAUGUAAGAUGCAAGUGUGUAUGUCCCAAAGAAAUCAACAGAACGAAGAAUGUAUUUGUCAAAACUGUGGAGCCAGAGGAUUGCAAUUGUGGAAAAGUUGUGCAAGGAGAUGAGAAGUACUGCUUAAGAUGCCGUUGUGAGUAUGAAGCCAGGAACACGACUCUCAUCAAGGUGGUGAUCAUAUUCAUUCUUGUUGUAAUUGGAAUUCUUUGUUUUUACCUGCUGUAUUUGUUCAUUGAUUCCAAGCGCAAGCCUGUUGAGUUAAGCGUCGCAGCUGAUGAGAUACAAGAAACAUUGCGUGGAAGAAGAGCGAGAAGUUUGAGAAAUUUUGACGAGAAGCUAGCAAAAUGGAAGAAAACUGUUGCUGAGCAAAGAAGGAACAUUUAUGGGACGAGAACCAUGCUAAGUUAGAUGCAAUGUAAAGAAAGAUGUGCCAUUAGGAUAAAUGUAAUGAAGUGGUCGCAGUUGGAGUGGCCAUCCUGUUGAGGCACGCCUAUCUCAAGCUCAGUUGCCAAAGUUCAAAUGUCUCAUUCUCAUCAGUGGCCAAACUGAACUUCUCCUUACAAUUUCCAUCUAUUUGCAAGCAGAAAGCUAAUGAGAAGUAACAAAAAAUCAACGAGGGGAUAUCGUAUGAUUUUACACCAAUUCUCAAGUCUUGAAUCAUAAAAAUGUAGGAACGAUAAUUUCAAGAACUGAUAAUAUGUUGGGAGGGAAAGGGUUAAAAUACGAAGCGAGACGAUACAUUUUAACUGUUGCAAAUAUUGUUUUGUAUUGUAAAUAAAGGAAUCUUUGGCUUUUGAAUAAAAAGUAAGCACAGA